ACUUAAAACUCUUAGGAGUACACACAAUUCCAUUCGAAAUCAUGGCUGAUCCGUCUGAGCUGUUCGUGAAGCACAAGAUUGUACCGGAUAUACUGGAUGUGGCACCACAGAAGCUGCUCAAGGUGACCUACUCGGGUGGCCUGGAGGUGAACUGUGGCAAUGAGUUGACACCCACACAGGUCAAAGGUGUGCCACAACUGGACUGGACAACAGAGCCAGAUGCACUGUACACGGUCUUGUUAACUGAUCCGGAUGCUCCUAGUCGCAAAGAGCCAAAGUUCCGGGAGUGGCAUCACUGGCUGGUGGUUAACGUGCCCGGCAAUCAGCUGGACAAAGGUGAUGUGCUUACAGCAUAUGUGGGAUCUGGUCCGCCACAGGGAACUGGCCUCCAUCGCUAUGUCUUCCUAGUAUUCAAGCAGCCGCAAAAGCUGUCCUGCAAUGAGCUUCAUAUACCCAAGACGAGCGGUGAAAGGCGUGGCAAAUUCAGCACUGCCAAAUUCGCAGCAAAGUACAAGCUGGGAAACUGCCUGGUCGGCAACUUCUUUCAGGCGCAGUAUGACGACUAUGUGCCCAAAUUGUACAAGCAACUGUCUGGCAAAAAAUGAAACAUUAUCAUUACAAUUAAACUCUCUUUGUUCUUCAGUUGAUUGUGCCUAAUUAGACAAUUAUAAUGGAAAUUAAUAACAUGCA